AUGGAAAAACUGGUCAAUGCAAAUUCGCAGUUUGCUCUGGAUCUUUUCCAAAAGUUGAAGGAAGCUCACCCAACUGGCAACAUUUUCUUUUCUCCAUUUAGUUUAUCCUCCGCCCUGGCCAUGAUCGUCUUGGGGGCCCAGGGUAACACAGCCUCCGAACUCCUGAAGAGGCUUCAUUUUGAUGGUGUUGAAGACAUUCAUUCAGUAUUUCACAGGCUGAAUACUAAGAUUAACCGGAGCAAUGCGCCCUACAUUCUGAAACUUGCUAAUAGGUUGUAUGGAGAAAAAACUUUCAACUUUUUGUCUGAUUUCUUGACUAGCACCCAGAAUUUGUACGGAGCUGAAUUAUCCACAGUGGAUUUCUCAAAGGCUCCAGGCAAGGCAAAAAAGGAAAUUAAUCAAUGGGUUGAACAGCAGACUGAAGGUAAAAUCUCUGAGUUGUUAUCUGAAGGAUCCAUCAAUGAAAUGACUAAAUUGGUUUUGGUGAAUGCUGUCUACUUUAAAGGCAACUGGGCAAAGGCAUUUAAAGAAAAAGAUACUAAAGUCAAGCCUUUUAGACUAAAUAAGAGAGAAAAGAAGAAUGUGAAGAUGAUGUUUAUGGAACAGGAACUUCCUUUUGGUUAUAUCCCUGAAUGCAAGUCUUGUGUGCUCGAACUGCCAUACGAGGGAAAGGAUCUUAGCAUGAUAAUCCUCUUGCCUGAUAAAAUUGAGGAUAAUUCCACAGGCCUGGAACAGCUGGAGCAGCAGCUGACUUUGGAAAAACUGCAAGAGUGGACCCAGCCCAAAAAUAUGAAUUAUGACAUGGACGUCUGUGUACAUCUACCUAAAUUUCAGCUGGAAGAAAACUACGAUCUUAAACCUUACUUUGCAGCCUUGGGGUUAAUAGAGAUGCUUGAACGUGGCAAGGCUAAUUUGUCUGGAAUGUCAGGAUCUCAGGAUCUCCAUGUCUCUAAAAUUGUUCACAGGUCAUUUCUGGAAGUCAAUGAAGUGGGCACCUUAGCAGCUGCAGCUACUGCUGCUACAUCUGAGGAUUAUUGUUCGCCCAUGGAGGAGGAUUUCAAUGCUGACCAUCCUUUCCUAUUUUUUAUCCGUCAUAAUUCAACAAACACCAUACUCUUCCUUGGUAGAUUUGCUUCUCCGUAAAACUAACUUCCCGUCACCUAGCAAAUACUUGUUUCUCUGCUUGCUUGGGAGGUUUGCUAUAACACAAGUUGGGUUCCUCCAGAUAUUUUCCAUCUUUGAUUUCCUUGAACUCCUACACCUCUUGAUAGAUUCUUUGUAACCCUUUGCUCUAAAGCAGGGCUUUAAACUCAAAGCAGAGAUGUCAAACUCGCAGCCUGAGGGCUGGAUGACAGGAUGAGCCAUUCACUGGCCACGCCCAUGACUGAUUUACUGAAGGCAGAAAAAGUCACGCUGUGUCACGUGACAACACCAUGACAUGCAAAUUUGACAGCCCUGCUGUAAAGGGUAGCCAUCUCUAAUUUAGGAUAUCCAGCUGUGUUUGA